CACUCAUAAAGCCAUGUCCUUUCUCAGUCUCUCUUUCUAAAACACCUCCCCCACCCCUCCUCAUCUAAAACCGUAUUCAUACAUAAUACACAAUCACUAUCUCUGUGUGUUGUGUUGGAAAAUUAAUUAAGAAAAAAAAAAGAAAAUGUUGGAUGAAUUCACAGAUAGUGAAGACGAAAAAGCCGUUGAAGAUAUUUUGUCACAAGCAUUCGAUCAUUCCGUUUUGGAACAAAUCGCCGCCAUUAACUGCUCUUCUUUCUCCAAUUCCGAUCACCUUCCUUCUCACCUUGAAAACCGCUUACGUAAGCUUAAAUCCCUACCUACUUCUACCGUCACCUCCGAUGGCCGGUUUCCUCAUGCCAAAUCUAAAUCAUUCACGCCUCGAUCCGGUCACGAUUCUGUUCACUUUGAAAAAGUUCCAGAUCUGAAAACGAAAUCGGAGAAACUGUCGCCGGAAAUUGAUUCCGACGGAAAGCACGGGAAUAAAGUUGCGACAACGAAGUCCGGAGUCGAUUCGGUUAAUCCGUCGUCGCCGGAUUCGGAAGAUUUUCGUUGCCGGAGUUCAGAAGAAAGUUCCGACGAAAAUGAGGAAAAAGUAAGGAAAUCGAAUAGAUCAAAAUACGGAACAGGAUUGCAUAAAUCACGGUCAAGUUCAUGGAUAGAAUCGUUGCCGUCAUCGGAAUCGGAGUCUGGAAGUCCGGUACGGCGGAGUAUUGGUUGUUUGUGGUGUACCCCGAAAAAGAAGGUGGAAAAGAAGAAAAAACAGAGGAAGGAGAGGUAUUUUGGGGAUGAUUUGGCAAAUGAGAAUGAUGUUGAUCUUAUGAAGUUGUUUAGUGAGAAAGAACAAAAGAAGAUAAUGAAAAAAGCAAUGAGAGAAGAGGAAAAGAUAAAUAAGGAAGCAGAGAAGAUAGUGAAAUGGGCUAAACAAGCUUCUGAUCGAAUGAUGGAUGUUUCUGGUCUUGUGGACGAUGAUCAACUCAGUGACUUUGAUGAAUAUACUAGUAAAAGAAAAUGAUUGAUACAAUUCGUAUAUUAUAAGCUAGCUAUUUUGAUUUGAUAAGAUAACUAUAUUUAUACUACUAUUAUUAUACUAGUACUUUUUUAAUAUAAUACUCUAUAUACUUACUACAUACUACGUAUAAUAUUAUAUAGUUGUAGCACAAGAUUGUUACGAAACAACUAGUUGUAAAAAGUGCGUCUAAUAUUCUUCUUU